UUUUUUCUUGCUGACUUCAUAGCGGUGUUUCUUCCGGGAUCACCAUCAUUACUCGGCUACGGCGGUUCCCUUACUGGCAGCUAAUUAUUAACCUGUAUUUAAACUGACCUGAUUUAAUACAAUUCUCGACUGGACUACUGUUGCCCGUCCGAAAUAUGAAGGGAAUGAAACUGCACCUCAUUUUGUUGCUGCUCUUCGCAUCUUUGUUUUGUGCAGAGACGGCCAGAAGCCGGAAAGAUUCCACCAACCAGAAUAGUUUCAGAAGGGCGGCUAACGGAUUCUACCAAAUGUUAAGCAAUAUUUUUGGAGAGGACAACAUCAGAGGUCUUUACAAGUUCUUCUCCAAGACGACAGAACGCUUUGUCCAUGGUGUCGACUCUUUCCUGGACACUAUUUGGAAGAUAUGGACAGAUCUGUUGGAUGUUAUGGGCAUUGAUGCCUCCAACCUGAGUCACUACUUCAGCCCAACAUCUUUGACCAACUCCCCGGCUCGUGCCCUGCUCCUAGUGGCCGCUGUGUUGGUGGCUUACUGGUUCCUCUCGCUGUUUCUGGGGGGAUUCUUCUACCUGCUGCACGUCGUAUUUGGCCGUUUCUUCUGGCUGGUCCGAGUUACACUCUUUGCCCUCUCUUGCCUGUACAUCUUGCAGAAGUUUGAGGGGGACCCCGAGCGUGCUGUGCUCCCUCUCUGCUUCGUAAUGGCUGUGUACUUCAUGACGGGGCCCGUGGGGGCGUACUGGCGCAAAGGUGGCGGUACCGCCUCUCUGGAGGAGAAGAUCAACCACCUGGACACCCAGAUCCGCUUGCUCAACAUCCGGCUGAGCAGGGUCAUCGACAGCCUGGAGCGCGUCGGGGAGAAGUAGAGCUGGCCCCACGAACCCACCUCUGACAACGCCUGUAUUCAUAGGGUGGCUGGGGGUUUGGGUGUAUAAGGGUUUGGGCAGGAAGAUCUAUGCAGAUCGAGGCUUUCUGUUACGAGAAAGAGCUGUUUUUUUUUUAAUUUAUUUUUUUAUUUUUUUAUUUUUUAAAUCCUGUCUUGUUGAUAUUUUGUUAUAUCGUGUAACAAGUGCUGAUGGUUGCUCUUUUUGGAAAUUGUGGUCAAUGGAAAAAAUGGGAUGGAUGUUUGUUUUGGGGACGUGAUGGUGUCAAAGUGGGACCAGACACAAUUGUAAGUAUUUAUAUCCCAGUAAGCUCACUAGUUAGUAGACCAAUGGCAGAUUUAUUUAUUGCAUUUUCUGUCCUGACCCUGAGAUGUAUAGUCAAAAAUAAUGUCACCAUUCCAUUGUAGCAGUAGUUAAUUCCUAGCGUAUUUCAGGACCUCUUUUUCUAUAUAAUGGACAUACUGUGUGUGUGUGUGUGUGUGCGCGCGCAAGCGUGUGUGGGUGUUUUUACGCAUGUAAAUCAACGGAAAAGCACUGGAAAAAGUUACGACUGGAGAAACCUGGGCUGGCAUGAAAAUCUCAGGGAGAAAUUUAAAAAAAAGAAUACCAAGAAAAAUAAUGUAAAUAUACCCCACAUCAAUAUCAUCUUAACCCUUUACACUCUUGGGAAUUGGCCUAUAUGGAUAGGGCUAAAUUGAAAUGUUUCUAACAGAAGAAAUA